GCCUACAAUAGCCGCCUAUUCGGCACCGGGACAAAGGUCUCCGAGGAAUUGGUGUUGGCGUCCGUGGAUCAGUUGUUGCCACUGCUGCUGCUGCCUUUUCGUCGUCGUGACGCGGAAAGCAUCCCUGCCACACCUCUGCCGAAACUGCCUGUUCAAAAUCUUCCAGGCGGGCGACGUCGACGGACACUCUGUGGCUCGAGGGUCUAUGAGUACCCCUCUGAUCCUCUGCCCGAUCGCUUUCUGCUGUGCCAAAAAGUCGCAUCAGCUUCGUCGCCUUCUGACGAGCUUUGGGCGAUUCACGUAGACGACUGGGGCAGUGACGGUGAGAGGAGCUAUCGGCCAGCUCUGCAUGUGCUGUUCCUGGUGGACGAGGCGCUUGCAUCGUCGGAGUUCAAGAAAGAGGUCCCAAUAUUGGUGGAGACGCUGACGGGCCAACUUCAGGGCAUCACGUCGCUGGUUCUCUUCAACUCCGCGGGGGUGGACUCGAGCCUUUGUAGCUUGCCAGAGCUCCAGGAUGUAGGCGUUCCCUGGGGUGCGUCGAGCUCCUUCCCUGCACGCUUCGGCGACCGCUGGGCGAAAUCCGGCGCACGCGGCGGAGGUAAUCUGGCUGCCGGGAUUCUCUAUGCGUCGGACUCGAUGAUUUCCAAGCUCGCCAAGGAGACCGAGGCAGAACUCCUCUCCUCCGGCGCGCCCUGGCGAAGGCUCCGGCCUGGCAUGGAAAUCGACACCACAUCUGGUGAAGGUGCCGUCGUCGAGGAUGUCACCUUCGACUUCCAGGGCCCUUCCCACCUUGAGGUGAAGUGGAGGGCCAGAGCAAGCACGCAAGAGUCCAGCAACCUCUCAGUGGUCGACAGGAAAGAGGUUGGGCUCCUAAGAGCGGAGUGGGGUGAGGGCUCUUUCUCGGAGUUUCGCCUCCCAGCGGGUCUGGGCGCGCCCCGCGCGCCCGCAGACGUGGCAGCAGAGACGACGUUCGCUGUUUUCACGAUCUCGAACUUCGCGGUUGCGGGCACUGAGGCGAACAGGCUCCUGGGCCAAGUCUCGGAAUGCGCAGCCCAGCUGCACUGCAGCGGCUGCCGGGUCUCCAUGAUGCCAAUUGCGCUGGGAGGAGGCGAAAAAGGCCUCCGAUUGGCCGCGGCUUUGCGGGAACUCUCCACCGGAGGGAGCCCCUGGUACCAGCCCUUCCACGGAGCCUCGACGUCCAGCGAGAUGCCAUCGCUCACGGAGAAGAUCCGGGAGGAGAUGCAGGACUGGAGGUCGAAGAAAUGUGCGCGGGGGAGCGUCACCAUUGAACAGCUGGCUGCCAAGCAUGGUGACGGAUUUGUGGAGGAGAAGGCGGCGCAGCAACUCAGAUCUUCGAGCUUGGUGGGCCUAGGUUUUGACUCCGCGAUUGAUGUUGCUUUCCUCAUCUGCAAUUCUCCGACAUCCUCCUACGACAAGUAUUACGACGAGGACGACGACGACCGCGCAGCGACAACAGCGACGGCGACGCUUGCUCCGGCUGCUGCAGGGACUCGCGGUGUUGAGAUAUGGUUGUCAUAUAUUGACGAUGCUGAUGCUGCGGGUGGCGCUGAUGAUGAUGAUGAUGAUGAUGAUGAAGAUGAAGAAGAAGAUGAUCAUGGUGAUGGUGAUGGUGGUGGUGGUGAUGAUGAUGAUGGUGUGAUCACCAGGGAACACGCGGGCGAUGUGGGAAU